AUACCUCUAACAACAUAGAAGGAAUCGUCAGUGUACAAACAUUAAAUGUCACCACUGCUACACUGUCAGCAGUGGAAUGAUGUUCAUCUUACACUGUGCUUCAAGGAGUUUCAUAUGUACUUCAGCAUGUCUAAAACAUACUUGGACCUGGCAAAAAAGGUCAUCCUGACACCAGAGUCUGGCACUUGUAGUGUCAAUAUUGCAGGUUAUCCUGACACCAGAGUCUGGCACUUGUAGUGUCAAUAUUGCAGGUUAUCCUGACACCAGAGUCUGGCACUUGUAAUGUCAAUUCUGCAGGUUAUCCUGACACCAGAGUCUGGCACUUGUAGUGUCAGUACUGCAGGUCAUCCUGACACCAGAGUCUGGCACUUGUACUGUCAAUAUUGCAGGUUAUCCUGACACCAGAGUCUGGCACUUGUAGUGUCAAUAUUGCAGGUUAUCCUGACACCAGAGUCUGGCACUUGUAGUGUCAAUUCUGCAGGUUAUCCUGACACCAGAGUCUGGCACUUGUAGUGUCAGUACUGCAGGUCAUCCUGACACCAGAGUCUGGCACUUGUACUGUCAAUAUUGCAGGUCUUCCUGACAUCAGAGGUUGGAACUUGUAGUGUCAACAUCAGUGUUAGAAAUUUCAUGUAAGAGCUGUAAAUAACGUAAUGCAUAUAUAGUGACAACACUUAACUACAGUGUUAACAACAGUGUUAACACUACAGUGUAAUUAAUACAGCAACAGUAGUGUUCAUAAUACAGUAUGAUAUUUACUAUUAUUAUAAUCCUUAUUUGUACAAGUACAUGAUACAACUUAUACAGACUGUCAGGGGAACACUUUCCACCUCAUCAGAAGUAUGGAAAAAUAAAUAAUGAGUAAUUCCAGGAAAGAUAAUAAUGGAAAAAUUAAAAGCAUUUAAUUACAUAAAAAAGGGCCACCAUUGGUUCUUGUGAGAUCUUGAGACACGAGACUUAUUGUAGUCUAGCAGAUCUUAAGAUGUAAUGAAGAUAAGAUGUUAAUUAUUCUAGGUAGGCAGUGCUAGUCUGAUGUUCAGAAGCUUCUGCUGAUACUGGUUUGUAGUAUCUCACACCAGAUAUGAAAGGAGAGAGGAGGAAUCUUUUAUGUUCCACUAAGUCCUGUUGCCUGGGUUCUAACUCCAAGAUAUCUGGCAUCUACUGUUGGUGACCAAGCCAGCAGCAGAACUGAUAAUGAGAAAAAAACACUGGUUACAAGAUGGUUAUUAAGUAUAACAGUGAAGGAAGACAGUGGUAAUUGCAUUUCAUUAUCAUUACUGGUAACCAGGUUAAAUACAAAAUAAAUGAAACAAUGUUCCUGGUAGAUUGCUCUUACCUGAUAAAGAGAAGAGUGGAGGUGAAGUGAUUUCCCAGACUCCCACCAAUAUCAGAUAAGAUUAAUAAUUACCAGGAGUAGAAACUAAAGAAAUUAGACCCAAAGAAAUCUGUAGUUUCACAGUGGCCAGCUAGAUGGCAGAGCAGGCAGCAACACAUUGUAACAGUCCCUCGGAGUCCAAACUACCAUAUGCCCAGUUUACUGACUUUUUCUUCAGACAGGUCAUAGCUGACAUCAUUGACAUACUGUAUGGAAAACCCUGGUUAUGCAGAGCAUUUCAGGUAAAUUAGGCUAAUUUUGUCCCCUGGAUGCAACCCUCACCAGUUGACUAACUCCCAGGUGCCUACUUACUGCUAGGUGAACAUGGACAGCAAGUGUCUUAAAGAAAGACGAUCCAAUGUUUCUACUUGUACUGAGGAUUGAACCACAAAUCUCAGUGUGUGAGAUGAGUGUGUUACCAACCGAGUGACUGAACAACACUGUACGUAACAAUAUUGUUGGUAAUACAACAUGUACAAUGCCAACAAAAAUGUUAUAAGGUUAUUGUCAUAAACACUGAAAUAUCUGCUAGUGUACCCUUCCUAUUCCUCACACACUAUAUUACCCUUUCUAGUUUAGUGCUUCUUAUAUAUAUAAUAAUAGAAUAUUGCAGAAAUAUUAGUUUUCAUUGUAAUAAAAUAUUCUCAAAAUUUCCUCUGGAUAAGCAAUUUAAUAUGCGAGAAUAAUAUUGUUCAGUAUGUCUAAUAUACUUGAAAAACAAUGUGAUGAAGCAACACAAUGUACAGUUGUUCAUGUAGGAGACCAACUAAAUCAACAUUCACAUGUAAAACAAUGUGUUGAAGCAACACAAUGUGCAGUUGUUCAUGUAGGAGACCAGUUAGAUCAACAUUCACACUCGCUCAAACAAUCUUCCUCGCAACAACCUCAGUGUGUAUCAUUGACCAAAUUUAUUAUAGAAAAAACACUUCGGUGUUCAGUGUGUCUAAAAGCAUUUUCUAAAAAAUCAACUUUAAAAAGUCACAUGAGAACUCAUACUGGAAAGAAACCAUAUCAGUGCCCAGAAUGUCCUAAACACUUUUCUGAAAAAUUAAGUUUAGAAAGACACUUGAGAAUUCAUACAGGAGAGAAACCAUUUCAGUGUCCAGAAUGUCUCAAACACUUUUCUGAAAAAGUAAGUUUAGAAAGACACUUGAGAAUUCAUACUGGAGAGAAACCAUUUCAGUGUUCAGAAUGUCCGAAAAGGUUUAAUCAGAAAUCGGGUUUAGAAAGUCACAUAAGAAUUCAUACUGGAGAGAAACCUUUUGAGUGUUCAGAAUGUCUGAAAAACUUUCCUGAUAAAUCAUGUUUAGUAAGACACAUGAGAACUCAUACUGGAGAGAAACCAUUUCAGUGUCCAGAAUGUCAGAAAAAGUUUCCUGAAAAAUCACGUUUAACAAGACAUAUGAAAACUCAUACUGGAGAGAAACCAUAUCAGUGUCCAGAAUGUCUGAAAAACUUUUCUGAAAAACAAAAUUUAAUAUGUCAUAUCAGAACUCAUACUGGGGAGAAAUCAUAUCAGUGUUCAGAAUGUUUGAAAAAGUUUUCUCAAAAAUCAUGUUUAGUAAAACACAUGAGAACUCAUACUGGAGAAAAACCAUAUCAUUGUCCAGAAUGUCUGAAAAACUUUUCUUUAAAAGGUAAUUUAGUAACUCACAUGAAAAUUCAUACUAGAGAGAAAAACAAACAGUUAGAUAUCAGUGUUCAGAAAGUCGAAAAUUUUAAUGCUUAUAUAAGUUGGGAAGAUAAAAUAGGUGGGCCAGAUGGUGCUGUCACCCCUGGUGCUGGUGCUGUCUUGGCAGACAGUACUGGUAAGAGUAAAGAAAUAAAAGCCAUUGGACUGGAGGGGGACAGAGGUUCUGGUGCUGGGAAAAAAGGUAUAGACAAAAUAUGCAAACUCCAGAGUUACGAAAUAGCAAUACCACUGGAAAUGGCAAACAAGGGAAAUGAUGCUCUGAGGAAUAGUUUAGAUGCACUACCAGUAAAAAUUGGUGGAGGCACCAUUGAUAGUACAGGUGCUGUAGAUAGCGAAUAUGUGAGAAUAUUAUUGUUCAGUAUGUCUAAUAUACCUGAAAAACAAUGUGUUGAAGCUACACAAUGUACAGUUGUUCAUGUAGGUGACCAACUAGAUCAACAUUCACACUCGCUCAAACAGCCUUCCUCGCAACAACCUCAGUGUGUAUCACUGACCAGAUUUAUUAAAGAUAAAACACUUCGGUGUUCAGUGUGUCUUAAAGCAUUUUCUAAAAAAUCAACUUUAAAAAGUCACAUGAGAACGCAUACUGGAGAGAAACAGUAUGAGUGUUUUGAAUGUUUGAGAGACUUUUAUCUAAAAUCAAGUUUAGAAAGUCACAUGAGAACUCAUACUGGAGAGAAACCAUAUCAGUGUUCAGAAUGUCCCAAACGCUUUUCUGAAAAAAUAAGUUUAGAAAGACACUUGAGAAUUCAUACUGGAGAGAAACCAUUUCAGUGUUCAGAAUGUCCAAAAAGGUUUAAUCAGAAAUCAGGUUUAAAAAGUCACAUAAGAAUUCAUACUGGAGAGAAAUCAUUUCAGUGUUCAGAAUGUCUGAAAAACUUUCCUGAUAAAUCAUGUUUAGUAAGACACAUAAGAACUCAUACUGGAGAGAGACCAUUUCGCUGUCCAGAAUGUCUGAAAAAGUUUUCUGAAAAAUCAAGUUUAGGAAGACAUAUGAAAACUCAUACUGGAGAAAAACCAUAUCAGUGUCCAGAAUGUCUGAAAAACUUUUCUGAAAAACAAUAUUUAAUAUGUCACAUGAGAACUCAUACUGGGGAGAAAUCAAAUCAGUGUUCAGAAUGUUUGAAAAAGUUUUCUCAAAAAUCAAGUUUAGUAAGACACAUGAGAACUCAUACUGGAGAGAAACCAUAUCAUUGUCCAGAAUGUUUGAAAAACUUUUCUGAAAAAUCAAAUUUAGUAACCCACAUGAAAAUUCAUACUAGAGAGAAAAACAAACAAACAGAUAUCAGUGUUCAGAAAGUCUAAAAGAUUUUAAUGAAAAAUCAAGUUUAGUAAGACACCUGAGAACUCAUACUGGAGUGAAACAAUAUUAAUGUUCAGUGUUAAAAAAGUUUUCAGAAAAAUCUAAUUUAGUAAAACACAAUCAUCCACUAAGAAUAUUAAAUCAGGAAAAUGUUAUUAGGUAUGCCCACUGGUAGCCACCUAUGGGAAAAACUUUACAUCUGUACUAUAAGACAAAUAUCAAAACUGCCUUCUUAGAAAACCUGACAGGCUUAUAUAAGUUGGGAAGAUAAAACAGGUGGGCCAGAUGGUGCUGUCACCCCUGGUGCUGGUGCUGUCUUGGAGGAAGGGAGGGAGACAGGGGUUCUGGUGCUGGGAAAAAGGUAUAGACAAAAUAUGCAAACUCCAGAGUUACGAAAUAGCAAUACCACUGGAAAUGGCAAACAAGGGAAAUGAUGCUCUGAGGAAUAGUUUAGAUGCACUACCAGUAAAAACUGGUGGAGGCACCAUUGAUAGUACAGGUGCUGUAGAUAGCGGUGAGUCAAAAAAAAGCACCAGUAGGGAGUGCAGACAUGAAAAAAACCAUGGCAAACAGAAAUAAAACCUAUGGGUAUCUGCAGGCAUGGAAUAUCUAGAAUAACUGGUGAGAUUGCAAAUUUUGAUCAUCCCUGAGAAUGUUGUGCCCACAUGACAACAGGAGAAUACAGCUUUCCUUCCUGUAAUUUCUUUCACCCUGAAAUGUGUUCUCUUAGUUCAGGAAAGACAAUGCUCUAUAUACGUAUUUUGUCAGGAGCACAACCUAAAGGGAGCAAGAAGAUACAGAUCUUUCAGACCAUGGGAAGCAAAAUAAACCUGAAUGUCCAUACAUGAUGCAUGAGAUCAUUUCCUACAAAAGUUGUACAUAAUUCAGGCAGAAGCCCAUUUGUUGCUGUGGGUGCAGACUACACAGAGUUUCAUGAUGUAGUUUUUGGUUAUACAGUUUAACCCCAGAUUUCGUCAGGUGUGGAUAUCGUGCAAUUCAGAUUUUGACCACUUUUUUGGGCGAAAUUUUAUCCCAGGUUUCAUACAUCCGCUUGGAAAUUGUCCAUACCAGAUGUGUCCACCUGUUGCGGGACGUGGCUGCUCAUGGAAAUAAGUCACUCUGAGAUUUUUGGGUUAUCCCAGGUUUUCUACACAUGUGCUGCUAUGUGUGAUAAUCUAUGUAACUUUAUUUGUGUAUACCUGAAUAAACUUACUUAUGUUUGUGACUCAAGUCUGCCUUUGUUACUUGUUCACUAAGAGUGUCCCUCUAGUCUUAACGCCAUAGUAAUAAUACUAAUAUGUAAUAAUAAUGACUUGGGCUCAUUAAAUGUCUU